AUGAAAGCCAUCAUCGCCGUACCAGCCACGCUGGCCUUGAUAUAUCGUGCACAUUCCCACAACAGCCUGACCCCAGCAGGGCUCGUCGCCGCUGCAGCCUCCGCCAUUGCACACGCCGUGCACCCCUGGAACCUCCCGUUCGCGCUGCUCGUCGUCUUCUUCCUGGCCGGUACGCGCGUCACCAAGAUCAAGAAGGAUGUCAAGGCCAAUAUGACGGUGGGCUCGCAGGGAACCUCGGGCGGAGAAGGGCCCAGGACGCACGUACAAGUCCUCGCCAACUCCCUCGUCGCCUCGGUCCUCUCCCUGCUUCAUGCCUACCAGCUCCACCAGCGUAGGCAGCUCCUGCUGUCCGGCUCGACCCCGGUUCCCCAGGGCACUCUGUGCCUCUCCUGGGCCGGCGACCUGCUCCCGAUCGGCAUCAUCGCCAACUACGCCGCCAUGGCGGCCGACACAUUCUCGUCCGAGCUCGGCAUCCUCUCGUCGGCCACCCCUCGUCUCAUCACCUCCCCGACCCUCCGUAAGGUGCCGCGCGGCACCAACGGCGGCGUGACCGCCCUGGGCCUGGCCGCCGGCCUGCUCGGCAGCAUGUUGGUGGUGGUGGUCUCGGUCCUCUUCGCGCCGCUGUGCCAGUCUUCGGGCACCGGGGUCGGGGCCGGCUGGACCUCUUCGCAGCGCGCCACGGCCAUGAUUUCGCUGGCGCUCUGGGGCGCCCUCGGCAGCGUCUACGACUCGGUCCUGGGCGCGCUGUUCCAGCGCUCGGUGCGGGACACACGCACGGGCAAGAUUGUCGAGGGCGAGGGCGGCGUGCGCGUGCUGGUGUCGGGCCCGGGCGUCCAAGGCGGUGUGACGCCGUCGCAGUCGCACCUCAAGGCCCGCGCCGGCGUCAAGUCUGCCCUGCUGGACGGCGAGGCCGCCGAUGCUGUCGAGGUCACCGCGCCCUCGGCCGAUGUCAAGAAGCAGCGCAAGGGCAGCUUUGGCGAUGGCAGGCCCAGCCGCGUCACCGAGAACGGCUGGGAUCUUUUGGACAACAACGAGGUCAACUUUCUGACUGCUCUGACCAUGAGCCUGGGCGCCAUGACUAUUUCUGGGUGGUACUGGGGGGUGCGGUUUGAAGAUAUACUGAAGCCAUGA